UAAUCGCCCCUCUUUCCAUCCUCUAACCCACCUAAAACGACAUGUCGUCCUCGGGCGGUAACUCCGGCACCGCUCCUCCUCAGCUUUACUUUUGCCACCAGUGCGACCGCACCGUCAACCUCACCCCUUCCCCCACCUCCGAUCUCAGUUGCCCCAUCUGCAAUGGCGGCUUCCUCGAAGAGAUGGAAACCCCUAACCCUAACCCUACCCCCAAUCCUUUCUUCUCCUUCGCCUCCGACGCCCACGCCACUCCCUUCCCCUCCUUUCUCUUCGGCGGCCCACCCGGCCCCGCCGCCGCUCCCGGUAAUCUCGUCGAUGAACUCUCCGCCCUCCUCGGCGGUGGCGCCGCUCCCCGCUCCUCUUCGCCCUUUCAGGACCCCGACGCCUUCGACCCCUUUGUGUUCCUGCAGAACUAUUUGCAAACCCUAAGGGCCAAUGGUGCCAAUGUUCAGUUCGUGAUUGAUAGCAGCGGCGCCGGCGGAGGAGGAGGAGGAGGAGGAGGGGAUCCUUCCGGCUUCCGUGUUCCCACAAAUAUCAAUUUCGGCGAUUACUUCUUCGGCCCCGGGCUGGAGCAACUCAUCCAGCAACUGGCUGAGAAUGAUCCUAACCGCUACGGCACCCCACCGGCUUCCAAGUCCGCCGUGGGGGCCUUGCCAGUUGUCAAAAUCACAAAGGAGCUGUUGGAGUCUGAUUCGUCGCAGUGCGCAGUGUGUAAGGACUCGUUUGAGCUUGACGAGGAGGCCAAGCAGAUGCCCUGCAAGCACAUUUACCACUCCGACUGUAUUCUUCCCUGGUUGGAGUUGCAUAAUUCAUGCCCUGUCUGUCGUCACGAGUUGCCAACCGAUGACACUGACUAUGAGCAGAGGGUCCGUGGCGCUGGGGAUGCAGCCAAUCCAAAUACUACUCAAUCUGCUGCUGCUGCUGCCGGUGGUAGUAGGGGGCCAGCUGUUGACAUUCAGAGCCAGGCACCACGUACUGUUGAGCGCAGGUUCACCAUCUCCUUGCCUCGCCUUUUCAGGGUGUUUGGUGGCGCGCCCGAGGCUGGCAAUACUGGGAGCGGAAGCGGAAGUGGAAACAAUGACGGGCCUAAUUCAGGGAAUAGGGGAAGUCAAUCAGAGCCUAGACAAGAGGGUCUUGAUUGAUUGAGGACAAUUGGUAUGAGUAGCGGUUUAAAUCUGCAACCAAAAUAUCGAACAAAGAAAGAUCUUGCAUAUUAACAGUUAGUAACAGUUGCACUUUUUUUUUUAAUUUUAUAUUUCAAUGUGAUGAUAGGUAAAGUGUUCACCUUUUAUUUUGUCACAGAUUCAAAAUUUUAGUCGAAUUUUAUGUGCAUUAUCGGCGUUCUACUUCUGUAAAAAGAAUUAUUUGGGGGAACACCUUAAUUUUGAGAUGUCUGUAAUACAUGGUCUUGUUGCUACAA